UUUAUUGCCCUCUUUUUGGGUUCGAGCCCGAGGAGACCGGAUCGGCGCAAGGGAGGGCGGCGCAAUGAGGGGGGCGAGGCGGCCGAUCCACGCGGUGACGACAUGGGUGAAGCGGCAGCCGCCGAAGGUGAAGGCGUUCCUCUCUGUAGUGGCGGGCAUGGCGGCCCUCGUCUUCCUUCGCUUCAUCGUCCACGACCACGACAACCUGUUCGUCGCCGCCGAGGCCGUUCACGCUCUAGGAAUCUCCGUUCUUAUUUACAAGCUCAUCAAAGAGAGGACCUGCGCCGGACUUUCAGUGAAAUCUCAGGAUUUAACAGCCUUAUUCUUAGCUGCGAGACUUUACUGCAGCUUCGUGAUGGAAUAUGAUAUACACACAGUGCUAGAUACUGCGACGCUCGUUACUACUCUUUGGGUCAUUUACAUGAUCAGGUUUAAAUUGAGGACAAGUUACAUGGAGGAUAAGGAUAACUUUGCUAUAUCUUAUGUGGUUGUGCCUUGUGCUUUGUUGGCCCUUGCAGUCCAUCCCUCAACAUCACAUAAUAUUUUCAAUCGGAUUUGUUGGGCCUUCUGUGUUUACUUGGAAGCUGUUUCAGUGCUGCCCCAGCUACGGCUGAUGCAGAACACAAAGAUUGUGGAACCAUUCACGGCUCACUACGUUUUUGCUCUCGGGGUUGCGAGAUUUCUGAGUUGUGCUCAUUGGGUCCUUCAGGUUGUCGAUACUCGCGGAAGAUUGUUGACGGCUUUGGGGUACGGCCUGUGGCCAUCAACGGUGCUUCUUGCUGAAAUUGUUCAGACUUUCAUCCUUGCUGAUUUCUGUUAUUACUACGUGAAGAGUCUUGUUGGUGGGCAACUGGUGCUAAGGCUUCCUUCUGGUGUAGUCUGAUUUCUUGCACAUUUUAGUUUGAGUUAUGACGUUGAAUUCUUUGUUUGUGUUAUGUUGCCUCUUCUAUAGGCCUUAAAACAGCUAUGGACGGUUAACUUUAAUUUGUUAAGUUAAAAGGAAGUUUUAUCUUCUUUUUUUA